CUGAUGAAAAUCAUCGCCAGUAGAUAAUAAUCUACCUCCUUCUGUCUCUUCACUUCUCUUUGUCAAAGAAAUUUCUGCAUGGUGGCGAGGGGUACACACAUUUCAUAGCAAGGAAAGCAAGCGGUUUUCAUCGAUGAAGUUCUUGUCAGACGAAGUGCAUCCAUCUCUUCCCUGCAUCGCCGUUCUUGCGAGCGCCAUCAUGCUAUUUUUCUCAGGGAUGUUUGCUGUGUCCGCCAGUAGUGAAGUCGAGCAGUGCACCAAAGUCAAGUUCAGCAUCAGCCCUUCUUUUCCCCUUAACAUCAAUGAGGCAAAGCUUUACGGAUUUGAGAAGCAUUCGACCACGACAUUCACCUGUUCUGCCGAAGCCAUAAAUGGAUUUAUCAAACCCAGAAUCUACAUCUUCUCCAACAAGGAGGCCGGCACGAAUACAAAUGAAGGUGUCAGUUCAGGAACGAAUUCACUGUUGCACGGUAUUAAUUCAACCUGGUCUAAAGGAAAUAAAAUCCAGGAGGUGUUCGUGGACAACUUAACCCUCAGCUUCAAUCUGUGGGAGACGACGUGCGACCACACAGGCACGUGGAAGUGCAGGGCUGUAUACCAGUACUUGGGCAGAACCGACGACAUCGACUACUGGUGUCGGCAACAGCUGACUGUCAGCACGUUUCCAACCAACCUGCAGAUAUCCUUUCAGCCACCCUACAAACAAUACUAUCUGGGGGAUCCUAUAAAGGUGAUGUGCACAGGUUUCAUGGGGUCGGAGGACGCGACGUGGGUGUUCGAAUCUCGGAUGCCCCGUGACCCAGAAGGCGAAUGGCCGGAACACUACGAUGGCUUCAUUUCAACAUCUCCAAGAAGAAUUAAGGAAUGUCAAGUCACCGGCGGCGCAAUUCUCUCGAUAAACAUCUCAGAACGGGACGAGGGCAAAAUAUUCCGGUGUUUGAUCAAGCGGCCAGGCCACUGGUUUGUGGAACUUGCCGCCACGGCUCUGCCUAUUAUCCUCCUGAGGGACAUAACGAACAACCCGGUGUCGAGGCCGGUGCCCAAGAAAAGCAACGAAUGUUCGGUGAAGGUCUGGACCAUCUUCGGCGCCACCAUCGGUGGAGUCCUCCUCUUUGUCAUCGUCAUCGAAGUCUCGUACUACGCUAUCGUCGUCUGGCGUCAAAAAAAUUCGAGGAGGCCAUCUUUAUUCCCAGACAUACCUUCACCUCCACUUCGCCGAUGAUUGGUGCGUUGAGGUGGUGGUCACGUCGAGCUGACAGGUAGACUGUCACACUUGUGAACAACGAACUUGAUCUUCAUGUACGAAUACAAACCGUUAUUUUCGCUUGUUUGCUUUGAAUGUACUUUGAGAGCAUCUACCUGCUUUGGACACAAAAUAAAAUUCGAGUGAAACUAGAAGAGGUGAAUAACUGUUAAAGAAUAAAAUAUUAAAGUUAUAACCAUCUUAAAUGUCUGUUAUAAUCUGGGAUUAAAAUGUCUGAUUACAAAAAA